GUCCCUGCUGGGAUGUCCCUGGACUGAUUCCAGGAUCAGGGCAGGAACCCCUCCCUGCAGGCUGGAAAGGCCAGAACUUCUGUCCCAGGCCCAUCAGGACAGGGGAGGCCUUGAGAGUCUCCCAGCUUGCCCUCCCCUCUGGCUUAGCUGGGCUCACAGUCCCUGCUGCCGCCCUGCGGGGGUGGCCUGGCAGAGGGCUUAUACCUGUGAGUACCCCCCACUCUGGGAGGAGAGCAGGAAACCAAGGGAUGACAGGUGCCAGGUUCCUGCCUGUGUCUUGGCCGAUGGCUGAGAAGUUCUGGUGGGAAGUGAGCAUGGAGUGGCAGAGCCCAUCUGGGGGUCCUUCAGCAGUCAAAACUGCCUCCUUCCAGGAUGCCGUGCGCAUGCUCAACACCCUGCAGACCAAUGCCAGCUACCUGGAGCAGGUGAAGCGUGAACGGGGUGACCCACAGACACAGCUGGAAGCCAUGGAGGUGUACCUGGCACGGAGUGGGUUGCAGGUGGAGGACUUGGACCAACUGAAUAUCAUACAUGUCACUGGGACCAAGGGGAAGGGCUCCACCUGUGCCUUCACUGAACAUAUCCUCCGGAAUUAUGGCCUGAAGACAGGAUUCUUUAGCUCUCCCCACCUGGUGCAGGUGCGUGAGCGGAUCCGCAUCAACGGGCAGCCCAUCAGCCCUGAGCUCUUCACCAAGCACUUCUGGCACCUCUAUCACCAGCUGGAGAAGACCAAGGAUGGCAGCUGUGUCUCCAUGCCCGCCUACUUCCGCUUCCUCACGCUCAUGGCCUUCCACGUCUUUCUCCAAGAGAAGGUGGACCUGGCAGUGGUGGAGGUGGGCAUCGGCGGGGCUUACGACUGCACCAACAUCAUCAGGAAACCUGUGGUGUGUGGAGUGUCCUCUCUCGGCAUCGACCACACCAGCCUUCUGGGGGACACAGUGGAGAAGAUUGCAUGGCAGAAAGGGGGCAUAUUUAAGCAUGGCGUCCCUGCCUUCACCGUGCUCCAGCCAGAGGGUCCCCUGGCUGUGCUGAGGGAUCGAGCCCAGCAGAUCUCAUGUCCUCUCUACCUGUGCCCUCCACUGGAAGCCCUGGAGGAAAGGGGGCGGCCACUGACCCUGGGCCUGGAGGGAGAGCACCAGCGGUCCAACGCGGCCUUGGCUUUGCAGCUGGCGCACUGCUGGCUGCAGUGGCGGGACCACCAGGACGUCAGGAAGCUGAAGGUGUCCAGGCCAAGUGUGCCAUGGCCGCUGCCCCUGGCACCUGUGUUCCAGCCCACAUCCCACAUGCGGCACGGGCUUCGGGACACUGAGUGGCCAGGCCGGACGCAAGUGCUGCGGCGAGGGCCCCUCACCUGGUACCUGGACGGGGCACACACCACCAGCAGUGUGCAGGCCUGCGUGCGUUGGUUUCGCCAGGCCCUGCAGCGCAGUGAGAGGCCCAGCCGUGGGCCUGAGGUGCGGGUCUUGCUCUUCAACUCCACUGGCGACAGGGACCCUGCAGCCCUACUGAAGCUGCUGCAGCCCUGCCAGUUUGACUAUGCUGUCUUCUGCCCCAACCUGACAGAGGUGGCAUCCACAGACAAUGCAGACCAGCAGAACUUCACAGUGACGUUGGACCAGGUGCUGCUCCGCUGCCUCGAACACCAGCAGCACUGGAGCUGCCUGGAUGAGGAGCAGGCCGGCCGUGACCUCUGGCGGCCCUCCAGCCUGGAGCCUGGCGGCCCGGCACCCCUGCGGCUGGCCCCACGCGGCCUGCAGCCCUGCAGCUCCAGCUCCCUGGUCUUCAGCUGCAUCUCCCACGCCUUGCAGUGGAUCAGCCAAGGCCGGGACCCCGUCUUCCAGCCACCCAGCCUCCCGAGGGGCCUCCUUGCCCACCCCACGGCAAGCAACGGGGCCAGUGUGCUCCGCGAGGCUACUGCGAUCCACGUGCUGGUCACGGGCAGCCUGCACCUUGUGGGCGGUGUCCUGAAGCUGCUGGAGCCCUCCUUGUCCCAGUAGCCAAGGUGGUGGGGUUGCGGGUGGGAGCCUCCCACACCUGCCCCGGCUUAGCACCACGAACUUACACCAGGUGCCUUUUGAUUUCUGCUUUCCUGAUUCGGAGACUAACCCAGGCUGUGGGUGUUGGAGUGGGAAUGUCCUGUCCCUGGGGUCCUGUACCUUGCUUGCAGCCAGGACAGCAGGGCUUCCAGGGCCCCAACGGUUGUAGGAGGCCUGCAGCUCAGCCCAUUUCCCUGCCACCCAACCUGCCUCCUGGCUCAGACUCAGCUCAUGGAGUGAGUUGCCUGGCCAUGCUUAGGGUUCUGCUUGGGGCUAGGCACUAUCUUUCCUUCUCCCAGGGCCUCUUGAGAAGGAGAGAACCCCUGCCUUGGGCACCCUGGGAAAGAGCAUGGCUGGAGUGAAUUAAAGCCUGUCAAUUUUUUUUUAAUGGAAAAA